AUGAGAACUCGGAUCUUGCGCCGUACAUACCUCUCCUCGCACCAGCUGAAUAUUCUCAACCAGAGAAAGAUCAGCGCCAUGGAGAACGAGUACGAUAACAUCGAGCCGGACAUCGUCGCCGCCGCCGAAGCACUCGCGACUCUCGCGACCCUGGGACGCGGGGAGCAGUUCGUUCCGCGUCCUCGAACUACCUUUAUCGUUGCAGGCCGAGACCGCGAGGUGAUUCACAGCCUCUUCACUCCCGGACGCCUUCGCGGUACCAUGCACUACGAGGCAAAAUACGAAACAAUGGCGCAGGACAAUCUUGCCAAGUUCCUCAAAGCCAUCAACCAGGAGCCCGCCCGCGCCGCGGUUGUCCGGUCCAUAACGCUCGAUUUGGUCUGCGACAAUCCACUCAACUCCGGCCUCGUCGAGCUCUUCAACGAGGACCACCUUCCCAUGUACGCCCUGACCGAUGACGCUUCCGAUGGCCCCUUCCCGCCGCUCACUGAAGCCGCACUACUCCUGAAGGCAUACCAGCGCGACUUGGUCAACGAUCCUCUUUUCGCAAACCACCCACUUGCACCAACGGACUUCACUCUCCUGGACAAGAACUGGCUCAACUGCCCGCGUUUUGCCAGUUACCUCAUCGAGGUCCAUGUCAACCUCUUCCUUAGGUUGUGUCCAAAGCUCCAGGUCAUCCAGCUGCCCGAUCUCUGGUGCCCAUUUCCGAAUCUGCCUUUCACAGAGGCCGCCAUGAGGAAGUGGAAGGAGGAACAUGGAUGGGAGGUGGAGAUCAAAGAGGAGGCCCACGAGAUUUUCGUGAGGAUCGGGAAGAAGGGUGGUUGGACUCCUGACCACAUCAAGCGCUGGUUGGACCAUGAGAUCUCGAAAGAUGUCGCCAGGAACGGCUAG